UCCCCCCCUCUGCUGUCCUCAGGUGCAGGCGACCCAGCCCAUGGAGAGGGUGGGUAAGGUGUGGAGCAACCUGAAGAGGGGAUGCCAGUCUCUGCUCCACCCAGAUGGAGGUGCUCGUGACCAGGCUCCACAUCAGGAGGCCAGCCCCUCCUCGAGGCCACUCCCCACCAGUCUGCCCCGGUACGCUGGGAGGGCCAACAACAACAACAACACUGGCAGCAGCAGCAGCGCCCCCUCUGGGGGGUCGAGUGUGCCGCGGCCCGGGCAGAACUGCGUGGUGGACAUGGCCCAGGUGCUGGAGAUCACGCUGGAGCAGGAGGGGGACGGGCGGCCGGGGCAGCUGGGCUCGCGCAGGGACUCGUACUCACGGCACGCGCCCUGGAGUGGCAAGAAGCGGCACUCGUGCUCCACGCGGGCGCAGGGCUCCCUGGAGGGCCGCGACAGAGGAGGGAGGGGCCGCUGCCGCCGCCGGGGGGAGGACCUGGAGCCGGGGGGCGGGGGGCGGUCACUACGGCAACAGCUGCAGGACACGAUGGGACUCUGUCUGCCGCUGCGCUGCUCGGCCUCCCGCGCCCCGCCCAAGCGCAAGAUCCACCUGACCGAGCUCAUGAUGGAGACCUGCCCCUUCCCCCCCGGCUCGGACUUGGCGCGCAAGUGGCACCUCAUCAAGCAGCACACGGUGCCCGUGCCCGCGGCCUCGGCCGCCCCCGCCCCUCUCCCGCCUUCGGCGUCCGGCCAGCAGGACUGGUCACGAGGAGCGGCGCCCUCGGCGGAGGACGAGGAGGAGCGCUUGCGCGAGCGACGGCGCCUCAGCAUCGAGGAGGGCGUGGACCCCCCGCCCAACGCCCAGAUCCACACGGUGGAGGCCCUGGCCUGCCUGCAUAAGCUGGGACCCAAGCUGGCGCCAGGGCUGACCGAGGGUUCGGGCGAGGCCGGAGCUGGUGCGGGUGCUGGCGGAGGAGGAGGAGGAGGAGGAGGAGGAGGAGGAGGAGGAGGAGGAGGUGGCGGCGGCGCUGCUCCAGACUGUGACUCGGAGGAGGAGGACGGCACCACACUGUGCAUGCAGACCCGCCGCAUGCGGCAGCGCCAACCCCAGCCGCCGCCGCCUCCGGCCCCCGAGGGCCCCUGGAGGGUCCACACACAGAUCGACUACAUCCACUGCCUGGUGCCCGACCUGCAGCAGAUCACGGCGCUGCCCUGCUACUGGGGCGUGAUGGACCGCUACCAGGCCGAGGCCCUGCUGGACGGCCGGCCCGAGGGCAGCUUCUUGCUGCGCGACUCGGCCCAGGAGGACUACCUGUUCUCGGUCAGCUUCCGGCGCUACGGCCGCUCGCUGCACGCGCGCAUCGAGCAGUGGAACCACAACUUCAGCUUCGACGCGCACGACCCCUGCGUCUUCCACGCCGCCACCGUCACGGCGCUGCUCGAGCACUACAAGGACCCGUCCGCGUGCAUGUUCUUCGAGCCGCUGCUCACCUCGCCCGUGCCGCGCUCCUUCCCGUUCGCGCUGCAGGGCCUGGCGCGCGCCGCCAUCUGCCGCCGCGUCUCCUACGACGGCAUCGGCGCGCUCCAGCUGCUGCCGCCGCCGCUGCAGGACUAUCUCAGGGAGUACCACUACAAGCAGCGCGUGCGGGUCCGCUGGCUCGAGAGGGAGCUCAAGGCCAAGUGAGAGACUGGCGGCGUGCAGAAGACGCUGGAUGUGCUUGUGAGAAUGGGGGGUGUCACUUGGGCCUGUAACUAAAAUACGUCAUAUAAGCUUUUAUCAUUUUUUUUUUAGUUACUACUCUAAUAACAAGAUCCAUAUUCCUGGUGCUGUGCUCCCUGCAAAGGCCACCAGCCGCUGCGUCACACUCACAUAUCUUCACAUACUACACGAGGGGGGCAGCAGCAUCUGUGUCACUGCUUUUCGCUCGCUCUCUUUUUUUUUUUGGUCCGUCUCUGUUACUAACUAGCUUGUUCUUUCUAGUUCCUCUUUUUUUUUUUUUUUUUCUUCUUUCUUUCAUUUGUCCUCAAACUAUUUCAUCUGCCCUUGCCUGUGUAUCCAGAGUAUCAGGAAGGGAAGGUCAGAGAGAAGAGGGGGGACUGUUUUAACUGUGAUGCUGAAGGGGGUGACUUCAAUUUUUUUUGUGGGGACGGGAAGGGAGGGUGGCUCCUGCUCCUAACUCCCCCCC